UCUUCUCCUUGAUCCUGCUACUGCGAAUCUCUUCAGGGUCACUCGCUUGGUGCGCCUGGAUAUCGAUCUUCGCCGCCUGAUUAGGGGUCGCUGUCGUCAUCUUAUUCCCAUCCCACGCGCGCCACGGAGCGCAAGGCCAAACACGAUGGGCCUCUCCAAGACCAACAGGAUUCUGAUCCUGUUGGCUAUUGACUCGGCUUUCUUCUUGCUAGAAUUGAUUGCUGGUUACAGCGUCCACUCGCUUGCCCUUGUUGCCGACUCCUUUCAUAUGCUCAAUGAUGUUCUGUCUCUAUUGGUUGGAUUAUGGGCCGUUAAAGUCGCCAACCGCGAAACCAACUCGAAGAUGUACACAUAUGGGUGGCAACGCGCAGAAACACUAGGUGCCUUAGUCAACGGAGUAUUCUUGGUCGCCUUGUGUUUGUCUAUCUUCUUGGAGGCCAUACAGAGACUGGUGGAGCCUCAGGAGGUCAAGAAUCCAAAAUUUGUCUGCAUUGUCGGUUGUUUAGGUCUGCUAUCAAACAUCAUUGGCUUAGUCCUUUUCCAUGACCAUUCUCAUGGACACGGUCACAGCCAUGGUCACGCAGACAUCGAAGAAGGUGACUUUUCGCAGGAAGGCCAUGGUCAUGAGCAUAGUCAUGACCCUGUUCCAGUCUUGGAGCAAGGAAACACAACUAGCCGUACUGCUGGCGCGGACGCCUCCUCCCCGUAUUCAAACCGUCGUCGGACCUUGGACAGUCAGCACCGCAGUUCUCGUCGCUACAGCGGCGCAACCGGCCGUGGGUUCCUUGAUGUCGAAGAGAUCCAAGUCCAUCCCGCCACUUUGCGGCAGGAAAUCAUUGCAGCCAGUCGCUCUCGCUAUGAUGACCCAUCGGGAUCCGACACCGACGUGCUUGAGGGUGGGGACCCCGAGGGCGUCCGUCCAUCCGAACGCUCUGCGCUAUUGGGCCACAAGGAUCGUGCUGGCAACUAUACUGACGCCGGAAAUGCCUCGCCUAAGACGGCUCAUCGAUUUCCCGUGGACGACGACAUUCACAGGCAUCACAACCAUGCCCAGCCUAAACAGAAGGAUGAGAAGCAUGGCCAUGGCCAUAGCCAUGAUCUGAAUAUGCGAGGUGUUUUCCUUCAUGUGAUGGGUGAUGCGCUCGGCAACAUCGGCGUCAUUGCCUCCGCCCUGAUCAUCUGGCUGACUGAUUACUCCUGGCGCUUCUAUGUGGAUCCUGGCAUUUCAUUGGUGAUCACCGUGAUUAUUCUCUGUUCUGCCAUCCCUCUUUGCAAAGCGGCCUCGCGGAUUCUGCUUCAGGCUGUGCCCCACGGCCUUAGCAUUGACCAUAUCAAGGAAGACAUUGAAGGACUGCCGGGAGUAAUGGGCUCCCACCACUUGCAUGUCUGGCAGUUGAGUGACACCAAGCUUGUGGCCUCGAUUCACAUUCAGGUCGAUACGGAGAUCAAGGGCGAGGGUUCGGAGCGGUACAUGCGUUUAGCCAGGCAGGUGCGCAAGUGCUUGCAUGCCUAUGGCAUUCAUUCGUCCACCAUCCAACCCGAAUUUGCGCCGGACAGUGAUGCCGAAGACACCAUUCAAUUCCCUUCUCACCCCGAUGGUGAAGCCUCUACUUCGACGACGCUCCCAAGCCGUACACCUAGCGUCCCUGAAGGCGAUCCUCAGGCUUGUCUUCUUGAAUGUGGCGAAGAAUGCGCUCAAAACGGCCAGUGCUGUCCGAAGAGGUCGCCGUGACUGUAUUAGGGAGGGGUCGCGAUACUCUUCCGUCUAAUUACCUCACCUUUACCCUUCCUUAUAAGACGACUCGCCCUAAAAAUACUGUUUCCUAUCCGUACUGAUCAUACCCGAUUGUUUCUGGUGACUGAAAUGUCAUCUGUUGAGUUUGUCCCUGUUAAUAAUCUCUGUUUGGACUUGGCGCAUGUUCGGCGGGCACUUUGACAUAAAUGCAUCCAGGCGUGCGCAUCUCGCGCUUGUUUUCAAGUAUCUCUACC